AUGAGGGUGGAGACAAACAGGCAGUUCGGAAGGGGCUGCACGUCGGUGGCGGGAAAGCGCGGGCGCCGCUGCCUGCCGGGUCGUCCGGGAAGCGCCUGGGGCGGGGCCUUCCCCUUGCUGGGCGGGGCGGGGCGGGGCGGGGCGGGGCUUUCGGGCGCGCGGAGACCAUGGUCUCCCGUCGGCGUUUGGUUCAGAGACCGUGCGGGAGACGCCGCGCCUUUCUCUCCCCGGUCCUGCCUUCCCGGUCUGGUUCGGCCUCGAGCGCAGGCCGGCGCCCCCGCUCCCAGGCCGAGCGGACAGGCGAAGGCACGUGCAGACACGGCAGGACGGUCCCGCGGCUCCGUCCUUCGUGUUCUCACCCGAGACGCCGCCGUGAAGAGAAAUCGGAGAAAACCCCGGGGGUUUGGUUACCUUCCGCCGGCUUCCGCGGGCCGGUGCUCGCCGCAGCUGGGACGAAGCCGAGCGGAAAGUAGGGGCAGCACCCCGCGAUCGGGUGCGUGGGUGAGGUCCCGGGAGGGCCCGACGGAGCCGGCGAUCGGACGUCCGCGUGCGGCCUGCGGGCUUCGGACUCGGGAGCGGCUUGUAGCGUCCGUCCUGCGGACCCGUGUGGACUCGUGUCCCGCACCCGAAUCCAGGUGCGGUUCGGACGCGCCGGUGGUGCGCGCUCCCCUCCGGGACGCGGGCUCCAGCUGCAGGACGCGGGCUCCCGCUCCGGCUGCGGGACGCGGGCUCAGGCUCCGGCUCCGGGACGCGGACUCAGGCUCCGGCUGCGGGACGCGGGACGCGGACUCAGGCUCCGGCCGCGGGACGCGGACCGAACGUUGUCGCAGGCGGAGCCGUCCGGCCGGCGAUCGGUUCCAGUUCCCAAGCGUGUGGCGAAAACGAAGCGCCCGCACGCCCCAUGUUAAGUUUAUACGAAAACUUUUCUUAAAGUUCUGGGUGAAUUUCAAGCAUCAUCAAUAAUCUCACUAGAGAAGGAAAUCUCGGGCUCGGGUCGCAGGCUGGGUGUGCUCUGGUCCCCUUAGCACGUGGACCGGUGUCUGCAGGCUGGAACCUGACUUGGGCGACCUUGUCCUCAGACGUGUACAGGAGCCCCGACCCCGCGCUCGUAGGCAGGUAACAGCUCCAACUGGCUCCGUAAGAUCAGGGGAUGCAUCUUUUCUUCAACCAGUGCAUAACAGAAUGUUUGAUGCCUACUGAGCCUUCACAUAAAUGUUGAAAGACUAAACCUUUCCGUGUACUGAAGUGAAACAUUUCCACAUUUCAUGUAUUCUCAGAUGCCUUGUUAGUAUGAAUUUCUUUGCUGGUGAAUAACAUUAACCCUAUUUAGUAGUGCUAGUUGCAGCCAUGGACUCAUUGCUUCGUAAAUAAAAAGCUAAAAAUAGAUUGAGAAGAGAAAAAUCAAGAUACUGUUAAAUUUUUUUUUU